AUGGAGCUUUCAGGGAAAUCUGGUGGCAGAGCGGGGUUUCUUUGGCUUUCCUUCUGCAUCUUUCUCACACUUUCCUGCGCCAAGGUGAUUUCAGAUCCGCUAAAGAACGUCAAUUUGAGUCCGUUCCAGCAGUGGAUUAGCGCGUAUGAAUGCCUGAAUAAGACAUCGCCCACAUGCGCGGCCAAUGGGCUGAAUUUGACAGGAAUCAUCCAUGUGACCGGGAGCGAAGUGACAGACUAUUGCAACGGAUGCGCGCAGUGGACCAAGGACGUGCUCACCUGCAUCCAUUUGGUUAAGAGGGACUUCUGGUUUGCCAACAACGCCACCGUCAAGCUAAUCAAUGAGACCAUCAGCCAUGGCUGUGCCACGAAUUCAGAUAUCGUCAUGUUGGGCGUGAAAAAAAGCGGCGGGAUAAGGAAUUACAGCAGGACUUACAUGGCCUUGUUCUCGGCUUUGAUCUUGGCAAUUUUCUUGUUCAGCACCUGAGGAUGAGGAGAGAAGACAAGCAUACCAGGAGUCAAUAAAAAUAGAUUGCCCUUACACAAAUAAGGAAGCCAUAAUACCCACUCCGUUUAUAUUCAAGCAAAUGACAGACAUACGUGAUAUUAAAUAAACUAAAGAGAGAAAUCAGAUC